AUGGCGGCAGAGCAAAGAAAGCUGCUUGAGCAGCUCAUGGGCGGACCACAAACGUCGCGCUCUUCCCAAGUCUCCCUAACCGACCCCAAAGUCUGCCGAUCCUACAUCGUCGGCACCUGUCCACACGACCUAUUCACCAACACGAAACAGGAUCUCGGGCCGUGUCCCAAGAUCCACGCCGAGUCGCUAAAGACCGAGUACGAAGGCUUGCCCGAGCCCGCGCGCCAGAAGUACGGCUUCGAUAUCGAUUAUGCUCGUGACCUACAGAAAUAUAUCGAAGAGUGCAACCGGCGUAUCGAUGCCGCCCAGCGCCGACUCGAGAAGACCCCCGACGAGAUCCGGCAGACUAACGUGCUGCUCAAAUCCAUCUCCGACCUGAGCUCCACCAUCAACUGCGGGUUACAGGAGGUGCAGAUUCUCGGCGAUCUAGGCGAGGUUAGCCGCGCGUACGAGGAGUUCUUCAAGGUGCGGCAGGCGGCCCAGGCCAAGAUGGAGCGUGAGCGCGAGCUCAAGACCCUUGCCGAUACUAGCGGUCCGUCAGGGCACCAGAAACUCCAGGUCUGCGAUGUGUGCGGCGCGUACCUCUCGAGGCUAGAUAACGACCGUCGGUUGGCGGACCAUUUCUACGGCAAGAUGCAUCUAGGUUACGCGCAGAUGCGGAAGACCUACGACUCCUUGCCCAAGGAUAUCAGAGGGCGUCCGCGUCCUUCGCUCCAAGAUGACGGUCCCAUGCGGGACGAUGGCUACGGUGACGGUGGAUGGAAAGGAGGGCCCAGGGGGCCUAGACGUGGCGGAUAUGGAGGUAGGAGUGGUCGUGGUUUUCGAAGUGGAUGGUAA